GCUGCCCUCUGUGGUGUAGCGUUGGGGGGAAUUUCCAGUGGGGAAGGAACUCCACUCUCUUUAUUCUCGGUGUCACCUGGGGGGUUCGGUUUUGUUUGGGUUCGGCUGGAUGAAACGUUUCGGGUCUGUGUGAGCAGUGAUGGUGUCCCGGAGCUGAAGCCAGUCUGUGGGGGGGUUGCGGGUUCUGCGUGGGGAGGAAAUAAUGACGGACAUGCGUGAGCUGAAGUGAAGCGGAACGAGCCCCAACUGUCACACUUCAAACUGACUUCCACCUGAGCGAGGCGACCAGAUACGAUGGCUGCCGAGGAGCACUACCUCCACGCCUCCAACCAGAUUUUCGACACCAUGUUGACUGACCCGUUCUUGGAGUUCCCGCACUUCGCCGUGAUGCCUCAGACGCCGUCCCUGCAGUCAGUGGACGGACCGUUCCUGCAGAUCGUGGAGCAGCCCAAGCAGCGCGGCUUCAGGUUCCGGUACGGCUGUGAAGGUCCGUCUCACGGCGGCCUGCCGGGAGCCUCCAGCGAGAAGAACAGGAAGACCUACCCGACGGUGAAGGUCCGUAACUACCAGGGUCAGGCCCGCGUCGUGGUCCAGCUGGUGACGGCGCUGACUCCGCUGCCUCAGCUCCACGCUCACAGUCUGGUGGGGAAACAGUGCGACAAGGGCAUCUGCAUCGCUGACCUGCAGUCCAAAGACUCCACCAUCAGUUUUCCCAACCUGGGGAUCCUCCAUGUGACGAAGAAGAACGUGGCGAAGACUCUGGAGGAGAGGAUGGUCGAGGCCUUCAGGAUGGGAUACAACUGCGGGGUCUCCAUCCACCCUGAGAUCGACGCCGUGCAGGGAGAGGUCCGAGUCCCACGGGAGCUGAACGAUCACCAGCGCAGCGUGAUCAGCAGCGCAGCCGCCAACCAGGCCAAAGAGAUGGACCUCAGCGUGGUCCGCCUCAUGUUCACGGCCUUCCUCCCCGACAGCGACGGCGGUUUCUCCCGACGGCUCGAGCCGGUGGUGUCCGAGCCCAUCUAUGACAGCAAGGCUCCAAACGCCUCCAACCUGAAGAUCGUUAGGAUGGACCGGACCGCCGGCUGCGUGACGGGAGGGGAGGAGGUCUACCUGCUCUGUGACAAAGUCCAAAAAGACGAUAUCCAGGUGCGGUUCUACGAGGAAGAUGACUCUGGGCUGAUCUGGGAGGCUCUGGGAGAUUUCUCCCCCACAGAUGUCCACAGACAGUUCGCCAUCGUCUUCAAGACCCCAAAGUAUCGAGACCAGAACCUGCAGAAGCCGACGUCCGUGUUCGUCCAGUUAAAGAGGAAGUCUGACAACGAGACCAGCGAGCCCAAACCCUUCACCUACCACCCUCAGAUUAUAGAUAAGGAGGAGGUGCAGAGGAAGAGGCAGAAGACGUUGCCCAACUUUCAGGACUUCAGCGGUCACGGAGGCGGAGGCCUGUACCAGGGAGGAGGAGGUCCUGCUGCAGGAGGAGGAGGCCCCGGCUCAGGAGCAGGAGGAGGAUACUACCAGGGAUUCACCUCCUACAGCUACGGAGGAAGAGGAGGAGGAGGAGGAGGAGGAGGAGGCGGCUUCUCCACGGCGUACUCAGCUGGUCUUGGAGCAGGAGGAGGCAUGAAGCAUGCUUUGCAGAGCGACGCUGCAGACGACAGCGGAGACGACAGCGGUCCAGACGAUGACCCGACAUCGGGGGCUGUGCGGCGAGGCUCGGCCCGGCCUGGAGGCGCUGAGGAGGGAGGAGCCGGCGUGGAUCCAGGAGCAGGCGACCCGCUGAUGGAGGCGACCCGCAGGCAGCUGGACGCUCUCUUCAGAUACUCCGUCACAGGAGACUCAGCGUACCUGCUGGCUCCACAGCGCCCCCUGCUGACGGCGCAGGACGAGGAUGGAGACACUGGGCUGCAUCUGGCGGUCCUCCACAGCCAGCAGGGGGCGCUGACGAGCCUGACAGCGGUGGUGUCUGCUCUGACCGGAGAGGAGGUGCUGAACAUGAGGAACCACCUGUACCAGACUCCCCUGCACCUGGCCGUCAUCACGCAGCAGAAGGACGCCGCAGAGGUGCUGCUGCUGGCCGGCGCCGACCCGACGCUGACGGAUCGCCAUGGCAACACGGUCCUUCACCUGGCGGCGCAGCAAGAAGGAGCAGGAAUGGUGGAGGUUCUGCUGCGACACGCGGAGCUGCGGGAGCUGCUGGACUGCAGCAACACAGCAGGUCUCCCACUCAGAGACACGGACACGCUGAGACACGCCCACACAGCAGCUCACGCUCUGCCUCACCCCACAGGGCUGUGUGCCAUUCACCUGGCCGUCCUGGCCAAUCAGCUGCCAGCUCUCAGGGAGCUGCUGGCGGCCGGCGCCGACGUGGAGGCCCAGGAGCGCAGCUGCGGACGCACCGCCCUGCACCUCGCCACCGAGACCAACAACGUGUCGCUGGCCGGCUGCCUGCUGCUGGAGGGAAACGCCCAGGUGGACUGCUGCACCUUCAACGGCUCCACCCCGCUCCACAUCGCCGCGGGCCGAGGCUCGGUCAAGCUGACGGCGCUCCUCAUGGCGGCAGGUGCCGACCCCCAGAGGGAGAACUUUGAGCCGCUCUUCUUCCUGGAGGAGGAUGAGGAGGAGGACUGUGAUGAAGACGGGGAGGAUGAGGAGGAUGAAGGCUACGUCCCAGGAACAACCCCGGUCAACAUGGCCGCCUCACCUCAGGUUCUGGAUCUACUCAACGGUCAGGAGUACGAGCCCAAAGCCCAGCGGGCCUUCGUCCCUCCUCAGGGUGACCUGUCCAGCCUGAGCGAGCAGGUGAAGCGGGCCGUGUGCGGCGCCCUGGAGUCCGACGGCUGCUGGGAGAACCUGGCUCACAGCCUGGGCCUCGGCAUCCUCAACACGGCCUUCAGGCUCAGCCCGUCCCCGACCAAAACCCUGCUGGACAGCUACGAGGUUUCUGGCGGAACCGUCUCGGACCUGCUGGCUGCUCUCCGGUCAGUCGGGGAGUGCAAGGCUCUGAGCGUCCUGGAGGAGGCGCUGUGCCAGAACCAGAACCAGAACCAGGACGGCGAGCCGGCAGCUCUGCACCCUCCGGUUCAGAACCUGAAGGCGGACGCUGGGAUGGACAGCGGGGUCUGCGACAGCGGAGUGGAGCUCUCCACAGCGUAACCGGACCGGCUGCAGGUCCAGAACCUCAGCGUGACCCGGCAAGGCUUCAAGUUUCUCAUCCGACAUUUUUAAAGAACCGUUGACCCGAACGGACCGCCGAACAGAACCUCGCUGCUGCGGCUCCGCUUCCUGUUUCCAGACUGAGCUCAGACAUGAAGACCAGAACCCACUCGGUGCUGAAGAAGCCGAGGCCCAGCGGCGCCACAAACCCGGACCCGACCCAAAUGGUUCUAAGUGUAGCAGAUCCAUCAGCGGGGGAAUGUGUUCUGAGCAGAUCAUGGAUCUGUUGAGGACCCACUCCGACCCAAACGUCAGAACCUUUGCUCCUCCUGGGCCACACCAUUGUUCAGAACCAUGAGAUGAGCAGCACCUGGAGAACAUCUGGAGAACAUCUGGAGUCACAGCAGAUCCAGUCAGCUUGUUUCAGGGGAUGAAAACGAUCAGAACAUUUUGGACUUAGGAAAUACCGGAGGGUCCGGAUUCCAACCCGGACCUGCUAGCUGCACGGUACCGGUGUUAACGAAGGAGCGAGGUGGAACCGGACCGACCAGGACGGUUCUCCCGUCUUUCCAUCUGAUCAAAGUUCUGGUCUCAGGUCCAGGAGGUGAAUUCUGCUCGGUACCACUAGACGUUCCCGGACCGGUCCGAUCUCCUCUUGACCCGGAACCAGCCGGUUCUGGAUCUCUGGCCUUUGUUCCGGGUGUUCUGACUCCAGAAUGUUCUGCUGGGAAUUUCCUCUGAACUAAACUGUGAAGAUCUCCGCUGUGACUCCAGAUGCAUGGAGCUGGUAGAACCAGAACCAGAACCAGAACCUGGACCUUCUGUCUCUUUUGAUUUCUGAUUCGCUUCAUUUUAGGUUUUUGUCUGAUAAAACUUCGUUUCUGCCCUCUUUGUUUCUUUAUCAGCUAAAAUCAGACGUUUGCCGCCUCCCUGGAUAAUCAGGAAACAAGGGAUUGUGGGAAAUGUAGUCCAGAGGUGUUGGGACUCCGUCUCCGUAUAUUUAUGUCCUGCCUGCUCUGUACAGUUCACCUUCAUCAUCAUCAUCAUCAUCAUCUAACUGGUUGUUCAUUUUUUUUUUAAAUAAAGUUGUUUUUCAUAUUUUCA